AUGAUAUUUGCACCCCUAUCGCCCAGCGACCUUUCCGCCGUAUGCUUGAUGCGGAGAAGCUGGCGCUUUGUUGCCGAGCCAUUGCUCUACGCUCACAUUGAAUGGACAUGGACGGAGUCUCAGAACCCCCCGAUCGCCCAGUUUCUGCGAAGCAUUGUGCACAGGCCUGAGCUCGCCAGUCUUGUGCAUGCUGUGAUCCUCAAUGGAGAUUGUUUCGAACGCAGCCGGUUAGCUUAUAAACAGAAAAGCCCCAAACUCCCAGUUACCGAAGAUGUCUUGGACGAGCUAGUGCGAUGUAUCGAAAAGAUCGAUAUCCCAUAUGGUGAACAAUGGAUCCAAGAGUUGCGAGCAGGAACGAUGGACGCGUUUAGCGCACUUUUACUAUCACGGCUCCCCAAUCUGAGAUCUCUCUACUUGGGCAAGAAUUUUGCCCGAGAGAGCCGCUUCAUGGGCUUGAUGCUCCGCUCGGCCCUCUGCGAUAAGUCUCAAGAUAAUGAUCUCCAUUCCUUUGCAAGUCUCCGGGAUGUGUCAGCCAUGUAUCCCUACCCAGGUCUUUUUAUUCGCGGAUACACCGACGCCAGGAACACAGCAGACGCUCUCACCCUCUUUUACUUGCCGUCAGUUGAACGGAUACGGGUCUUAGUGGAUAAUCCCGCUACUUUCAUGUGGCCUAGAAAAUAUCCACCGAAUCCAUUGAGACUCGCAUCGCUCGACUUGACGAUGUUACGCGAACGGCAUCUCGGACAAGUGUUAUCAGUCACCAGAGGGCUACGGAAGCUUCGAUGGGAUUGGUACUUCCGCCCGGAUCUUGAAGAUCAUUUUGUAACAGAUAUUAUUGAUUUGGAUCAAAUCGCCGCGGGUCUAUCUCAUGUUCAAGACACCUUGACGGACUUGACUAUUACAGCAAGAUCGGAUGGCGUCGACGGAGACAUUGAAUUCCCAGACAUCACAGUUAGCUGGUCCUUCAAGGCUUUUAGCGGACUCCACAUGCUUGAGAAGUUAGAAGUUCCGAUACCAUUUUUACUUGGAUUUUCUCCCUUGUUACCAAAUGUGGUUGGUCUAGAGGAAUCGCUUCCAAAAAGCAUCCAAUGGCUGACCCUCACUGACGAUUUGUGUUUGCAGUGUGACUCGGGAUGGCAAUUUGAGACUGAAUAUCUAUUGGGAGCUUUUCGAUCAUGGCUGCAAGACUGGAAGAAAUUCACACCCCGUCUCCAAGGACUUCGCCUGUCGACAAAGAUGUUCAAAGAGCGCGAACGGUACCCUCCGUUCAUACGGGGGCUCAUAGCCAUGGGUCGUCAGGUUGAAAUUCAGGUUGAAAUAAGUGAGCGAAGUGAAGUGUUUUUUUAA